CCGCUCUUUGACAACAUUCACAAAUUGGCUCACACAGGCCUAGAGUACGGUCUACGGAAUAGUGUAUUGUACAACACAGCAAACACGCAUUUAACAUUUUACUAAAAAUACCAGUGUAAACAGGGACCUUGUGAGGGAGGGUUGUGAAAAUGACGGGGGUGGAUGAAAUACUCAAUUAUCAAAAGAACCCUGACGACGAUUUCUAUGGACUGCUGGGUUGCGAUGAAAAUUCCUCUGUGGAACAAAUAACUACAGAGUACAAAGUUCUGGCCUUGCAAUAUCACCCAGAUAAAAAUGCUGGAGACAAAGAGGCAGAAGCCAAGUUCCAAAAACUAAAGGAGGCCAAGGAGACUCUAUGCGAUCCAUCCAAGAGGGCUCUAUAUGACAAGUGGAGGUCCAGUGGAGUUUCAAUUGGCUACAAGCAGUGGCUGGGAAUGAAGGAACAUAUCCAGCAGUCCAUGCACUGGUCCAAGCCGAACACUAAGGAUCGCAUGCUGGAAGAUGAAUCCGGAAGAUCAUCCGGCCCCUCCAGCCUGGGACCGACCAAUGCUGCUGCACGUCGAGCCUCCGAAGGUGGAGCCAACCUCUGGGGACGUUGGGGUGGAGGGAACCAGGAACCACCAUCGGAGGUCAUCUCCAAGUUUCGUAAUUACGAAAUCUAAGCUCUCGGAGAAUCUUAGACAAUUCUUGCCUGCCCCUAUUUCAAAUAUUUUUUAAAUUGUGAGACCUAACAGCAAUAUUGCUGCUAUUUUAACUUUUAUAUCCUGAAAUCUUUACAAACAUGACAUAUUUUAUAUAUUUUUUGUGAUAUUAGGCUAUAAUUUUUAUUAUUUCCUUCUAUUCUAGAAUGUAAGUUUAAAAACUUAAAUUAUAUUAUACUGCCUUAAAAAGGCGUAAUAUUCAUCAAGUCAGCUCGAAGACGGGUCGUUCUCGAUUGGAACUCGUGCAGUUAUUGUAUGUUCAGUGUUUAAGAAGUAAAUGUUUGGUGUUUGAUAAAUCUUAGACACCCCUAGUUGUAGGCAUAGAGUAUCUAUGUUGUCUGCCUUCCCUUAGAUGUAAGUUACGCACAUUCCUAAAAUAUGUGAGUCUGAAAGAUACAUUUCUGCUGUAGAACAAUAUGAAAGAUUUAUAUUAUAAUGGUCUAUGGAUAUUUUAUAUUAUGAAGAUUUGUAUUUUUGACCUGUUUUAUGAUUAUAUCUUAAUACUAAGUAUUACUCUUAAACUUUUAUUCUUGAAAAGGAUAUUGGGGGUGUGAAGAAGUACAGGGUAUAGUUGAGAGAUGGAUUAUUUUUGUUUGUCCUUACUAUGUCUUACGUUUCACAAAUAGAAUUAAUUUCAAAUUCAUAUUUACAAAUAUAAAUGUUGUGUUCCCUGGUCGUUAGAUGUCAUUAGUGUUUAAUAUGUGUUAUAAAUGUUUUCAUCAGUAUUUAAAAUAUUUACUGGAUGUUGUAAAGUAUAUUCAUGUUAUUAAUUGAUGUAGUGGAUUUUAAAUGUCGAGAAUCUCUAUUAAUGUAAUAAAUAUAGUGAUUUUGAUUUAUUGAUCAAGAAUAAAAUGUCCCGCAAAGA